GUGUCCAGCAACUUCCAGGGCACCUGCACAGUAGCGUGGGGGCCACCAAGGGGGCUGAGAGGAUGCCGAGGUCUCUCCCCUUACACUUAGGACAGUGGCAUCUCAUGCUCACCUGUUUCACCCUCACCCCUUGGUUUCCAGAUUCCGUCCAGGGGCCAGUAGGCAGUACAGACGGUAAAACCAAAACUUGCCCUUCCCCUGGGUGUGCCCGUGGCCCAUGGAGCUAUUCUCCCAGCUCCUGUGGCCACAGCCCUGCAGGUCACGUUCACAUCCACGCCAUGUGCUGACCAGACGGCUCCACCUCCAAAACAUUCCCAGGUCCCGCCCUCUGUCUCUCGUCCCUGGCCCCUUAUGGUCCUGUCCACCACUGUCUCCCAUUUGGAGAGUCAUGCCACCUCUGCUGUCUCCCUGCUCCUUGUCCCACACAGCCCGAGGGACCCAGGGACACCAACAUCAGCCACGCCCCUCCUGCCCAGAGCCCUCCUGUGGUUCCAGCUCACGCAGGAAAGGACAGAGUUGUCACGGUGGCCCACAAGGCCCCACACAAUUUGCUCCCUACCUUUCUCUUCCACCCUCCCUCUCUCUCUGUGUGGCCAUCCCCAACUCUGGACUUUGCACUCACUCAUCCCCUCCCUGGCUCCCGCUCCCCUAGAUCUUGUGUGGUUGCUUCGUUUUAAUCACUCAGGUCUCCGCCCAGGUGUCACCUCAGAGAGGACCACCCGGAGCUUCCUGGCCACAAAGUAAAACCCCCAGCACCCAGUGAUGCACCCACACACACGUGACACAUCACAGUCCCUCCCUCUCUCCUUACACACUGUGAGUGUUGUAUGCCAACCCCUCUUCAAAUAUCUGUGCCUUCACUGCAGCAGCCUCUGGGUCUGCAAGAGGGUCGGCAUGUAGUAGGUGCUCAACAAAAAUUACAGCACAGCCAGUCACGUGUAGCUGAAGGUGCUACAGCCCCCGGAAUUGCCUGUCAGCGUAUACACACGUUCAUUUAUUUAAUCCUCACUGUCGGACCUCAGCUACAGAGGAAGUUGUCACCAGCUCUAUUUUACAAACAAAGGAACAGGUCUGAGAGGUGAAGCAAUUGUCCCAGGACUGCAGGGAUGGCCACUGUGGAGCUGGGAGUCAGGAGGAGCCCAGCCACAUCCUCAGGAAACAGGCUUUGAGGCCCACUUUCCAGAUGAGGAAACGGGGGCCAAGGAAGGGUAGGAGUUGCAUGAGGUCGGUCAGUAAGUGGCUGCUGCUGGAUUUGAACCCAGCCCUGCCUCCCAGCUAAGACUUAAGCUUGUCGGGCCUUGUUUCUGUGGGGAAACCUACCUACCUCCCGCCGCCCCCAUAUCCUGAUGCUGAGGCGCCAAAAGCAGGAGCGGAGCGGGCGCAGGGUGUGGGUUCCCAUGAAUAAUUGAGGGUCUCAGGCAUGUCGGGCGCCCCACAGCUGUUGUCUAGCCGCGGGCGGGGAGGGGGCGGCGGUGACGUCACUUCCUCCCUCGCGGAGGCCAGGGGCGCGGGUUAUAAGGAGCUGCCACCCUAGUCUUCACGGCACCAAGGCCCUGGUCAGGAAGCCUCGCCAUGCCGCGCUGUGGGCGCCCGGUGCUGCAGGUGCUGCCGCUGUCCCCGCUGCUGGUGCUGCUGCUGGGGGCGUCCUCCGCUGCUCCGUUGGCACCGAGGCCGUCCAAGGAGGAGCUGACCCGCUGCCUGGCAGAGGUGGUCACAGAAGUGCUGACCCUGGGUCAGGCCCAGCGAGGCCCUUGUACAACUCUCCUCCACAAAGAGAUGUGUGAGACAGAACCCUACAGCUGCGUGUCCGCUGAGGGAAAAGGCCCGCUGGCUGGAGAUUUCAAGAAGCACGAGGCUGGCGAGAUGAGGUCCAGCCAGGAGAUGAGGGAUGAGGAAGAGGAGGAGGCAGCAGAGAGGAUCCACGAGUCUGAAGUGCAAGAACAGGGAAUCCGCAAGCAGCUCCACAGCCAGCUCCGCCAGGAGGACCAUGAAGAGGAGGAGGAGGGGGGGAGGGAGAGGGGGCCCUCGGAGACCUCUGAGGGCCUGUGGAAGCAGCAGCCAGAGGAUGGAGGUGGCCCCCAGAAGCGGGUGGCAGAGCAGGCCAGUGACGAGGAGACGGCCCAGUUCGAGGCUGAGAAGGGCAUGCAGGUGCUGGGCGGGGGCCACAGCCUGUGGAAGGGGGCGGAGGGCAGGGGAAGAGAGAGGCCCGAGGAGCUGCCGCACCACCACCACCGCCGGCCGGGGACUGAGCCCAAGCAGAAGGAAGAGGCUGCAGAGAGGGAGGAGCAGGACGCAGAGAGGCUGGAGCACGCGAGAGAGGAGCUGACGAAGGCUGCGGAGGUGCUGAGGCAGGAGCUCCGGAGGGCGGGCUGACUCCCGACUCACGUCCUCCUUCUUCCCCAUACACCCCGUGGCUUAGGACUGUUGGCUCCCAAAGCCCCCACCUCACCAGGCACCCCACUCCACUCCCAACCGCAGGGGUGGGAGGAGGGUGUGCCUUGGAACCAGGCCUGAGGGGCCGAGUCUGCACUGGCCAGAGGGCCUGGCUCAGACCCACUCAGGAGACGCUCCGCCCCCACGAAACCCACUCCCACCCUUCUGAGUGAAUAAAGC